UCCUCCUCUUUCCCGUGGCACCCUCCUCCCAUCCUCACCACAGGGGAAGCAGGAGAGGACCAUCUGCAGAGGAUGAAAGCUCUGCCGAUCAUGCGGCAACAGCAUUGCCGAAGAUGAGAGCCAGGGUCUGGGCCUCCCAACAUGCAUCUCCUGAGGUGGCACCCUCCCCUGAAUGGACUGACAUGGUCCCAGACUGUAGAGUUCUUUGGGUUUGGCCUCAGUUCUGGUCCUUGCCUCAGGUCCAAGGAGGGCAUGUGAAGCCCAGGCUGCUGCCAGCCCCACCCUCUCCAGAAGCCAUCCAAAGGCAAAUAACAUUAGUUAUUUGGUGGGAGGCCUGGUGAAGGGGCGUGAGAACUGCUGAAGCAGAGGAUCAAGCAGAGGCUGGUGGAUGGGGGUGAACCACCCCCAACCCAGCCAUAGACCCUGGGACAGAACCACACAUCAAAGCGACAAGCACCCAAAAGAAGAAUCUGGGGGGACCCUCUUAUAUCCAGGGGGCCUCCUGCCUUCCCACCACAAAAAGAAAAAGUCCUUCAGACAUCGGAACUGCUCCUGCGGCUGAGGGCCGUCAUCUUUGGCUCUUUCCCUCUGACCUCUGCCACUUGCUCCCAAAGCCUGACUCUCCCCUUGUGGGAGUGAGGGCUGGAGACGAAAGAACAGAGAGGUCCUGUGGUGUAGACCGUUUCUCACUCUGCAAGCACCCAUCCUUCCUGGCCCAGGCCUGCUUCUCCCAUCACGGCCCCCUGGGCUGUCCAGACGGGAGGCCCUGGGAUCAGGAGCAAGGGACCAGCCUCGGAGGCUGCCUCCAGGCCUCCCUCUCCGGGUCUCACAGCGGGGUGUGUGCACCUUGUCUGACGGCUCCCGGCGAGGCCGGCUCUGGGUGAAGCCCAGUCCUGGUGGGAGAGGUUCCUUUCCCUGCACGGAUGCCCUCGGCUGCCUGGCUUGACCUCCUGCGCGAUGAGCCAGGGACCCGGUCGCGCAGUCUGGCCUCCUCGCCUCGCACGCUGUGUCUUUGGAAGCUCCGGGCAGGCUCUUCUCCUUACGGUCACACUGCUCUCUGGACCCCAAGACUGUCCUCUGGCCUUUCUCGGGUUGGCAGGUGGCCUGAGAAACCGAGUUACCGUUCAAGCUCUGCAAACUGAUGGAGAUGCAGACGGCCCCCACCUGUGGCCACUGGCGGAGCCGAGGCAAGAACGGUGCAGUCCGCCCAGCACUGCCGGAGGACCCACCCGGCCUCGUGCGAAGAAGGGAUGCUCAGGGCACCUGGGUGCUCACCAAGCAGGAGCGCAGCACGACCAUCCAGGCACUGGCUCUCCUGAAUGUCCAUGAGUCAACCUUCCGCUCCCGUGCACCUGGCACUGCCCACGGGUCUCAGGUCCUCCACGCGCUCCGUCGUCCCCGCGGCAUCUCACCCACGGCAGCUGGGUGGUGGCGCCUUUCAGAAAACGGGAAGGCAGGUGGGAGGAGGUGGUGCCUGUGAUGACGGUGGCCUCUGCUUGGGAUGGCGCCUCUGGCCUGCAUGUCCGAGCUUGAUGCCACCAGGAUCUCUGAGCCCAGGGGUAGUGGCCUGGGUCAGUACCCGUGGGCGCCAAGCUGCCAUUGGCUACAACCACCGCUUUGGGUAAAGGUCUGUGUUUCAUCAGUGCCUGUUGGGAUUGAGGGCAGAACGCCUGGGCCUGAUUUUUCUCAGCCAUCUCUGCUGAGUUCCUGGUUGACCCUCGCCCCUCACCCUGAUGGUCGGAGGUCUGGUGGGACAGGAGGCGGAUGCUGGGCUCAUCCUCUGAGCUGCCACCACAGGAUACUCUUGAGAAGAUGAAGCGCCAACCACCCUAGGACCUCAAGUCUGGGUGUAGGGUCGCUUGAUGUGUCUGCAACAGCACCUCCCACCAUGCAGUCUGAGAACCUGAGAACAACCAUCCAUCCCUCACAUUCUACCACCGGCACCAAUCCCUGCCUUCAACCUUUUGUUGCAGUGGGGCCAGUUCUUCACUUCCCGUUUUACUACAUUUCUCCUGGCUAUCUCUGCCUGACAGCCGUGGCAGCUUCCAGAAUGGACUGGUCCUCCUGAGGGAGAAACCCUGUGGUUUUCCAAGUGUGGAAAAUGGAAGGAUUGCCCAAUAUUACUAUACUUUUGAAAGUUAUUACUUUCCAAUGAGCAUAAAGCAAAAUCUGUCAUUUUCCUGCUUGGCUGGUUAUACAACUGAAACUGGGAAACAAGAGACCCAGACCACGUGUACGGCAGCAGGAUGGUCCCCAGAACCACGGUGCUUCAAAAAAUGCCCUAAGCCUGACCUGAGGAAUGGUUACGUCUUUGACACAAAAUUAUUUUACAAAAUUCAAGAGAACAUGCGUUAUCGUUGUGCAUCAGGGUACAAAACCACAACAGGGCAGGAUGAAGGAGUGGUUCAAUGCCUCCCUGUUGGAUGGUCUUCUCAGCCAACCUGUAGGAAGGAACAUGAAACAUGUUUGGCCCCUGAAUUACAUCACGGAAAUUAUUCCACAACACAGAAGAUGUUCAAAGUGAAGGACAAAGUACGAUAUGAGUGUGCCUCUGGGUACCACACAGCUUCUGGGAAGAGGACAGAGGAGGUGGAGUGUCACCCGUACGGAUGGGCCCUCACCCCACGAUGUGCCAAAUUAAUAUGUUCUUCUUUAAGAUCAAUAGAAAAUGGUUAUUUUCAUCCUGUGAAGCAAACCUAUGAAGAAGGAGACGUAGUUCAGUUUUUCUGUCAUAAAAAUUAUUAUCUAAGUGGAUCUGAUUUAAUUCAGUGCUAUAACUUUGGUUGGUACCCAGAAUCUCCUGUCUGUGAAGGAAGAAGAAAUCGAUGUCCUCCUCCCCCUGUGCCUCUGACCUCCAGAAUUCAAAGGUACUCAACCACUUAUCGUCAUGGAGAAACAGUGCGUAUAGAGUGUGGACUUAACUUUGAGAGGCAGGGAUCAGAAGAGAUACGCUGUGAAAAUGGAAAAUGGACAGAACCUCCCAAAUGCAUUGAAGAAAAGCAGAGGAUGGGCUGUGAGGACCCGCCCUUGGUUGAGAAUGCUGCAGCAAACCUAUCCUCCAAGGUCUAUUAUAAUGGGGAUAAAGUGACAUACGUGUGUGAAAGAGGGUAUCACCUCCGGGGACCAGAAGAAAUAACAUGUAAACGUGGAAAAUGGACCCUUCCCCCUGAGUGUGUUGGAAAUACUGGGAAUUGUAAUUCUCCACCUGAUGUAAUAAAUGGAGCUGUUAUUGGCGGAUUAUUAGCAAGCUACCCAACAGGAUCCUCAGUGGAAUAUAGAUGCAAUGAAUAUUACUUAUUGAGAGGAGCAAAAAUAUCUCAUUGUGAACAAGGAAAAUGGUCAUCCCCACCUGUUUGCUUAGAGCCGUGUACAGUUAACAUGGAUGACAUGAGCAGAAAUAACCUAGGGAUGAAGUGGAAUUAUGAAGGGAAGAUCUUACAUGGAGAUUUAAUAGAUUUUGUAUGUAAACAGGGGUAUGACUUGUCUCCAUCAACUGCACCCUCUGAAUUAUCGGUGCAGUGCAACAGAGGUGAAGUGAAAUAUCCUUCAUGUAUUAAAAAAGAAUCUAAAAGAACAUGUGCAUCUCCCCCAUUUAUUAAAAAUGGAGUUAUUAAGAGUUCAACAGUCAGGACCUAUGAAAAUGGUUCCUCAGUGGAAUACAGAUGUUUCGAGCACCAUUUCCUACAAGGGUCUAAGGAGUCCUAUUGUUUAGAGGGAGUGUGGACUACACCACCAUUGUGUUUGGAACCUUGCACAUUAUCUUUUGAUACAAUGGAAAGUAAUAAUUUGCUCCUGAAAUGGAGUUUUGACAAUAGGCCAUAUAUCUUGCACGGCGAGUAUAUUGAGUUUCUUUGUAAGAGAGAUACUUACAUUGAGUUUCCUAUUAUCGGAUCGGAAUUGAGAGUGCAAUGUGACAGAGGGCAGUUAAAAUAUCCAAGAUGUAUUCAAAGAGAAAGGAUGUUGUCUUAUCAAGAACCCUUAAGAACAUGAAAAUGAAUGGCAAAAAGAAGAAUAACAUUUUUGACACAUCAUAAAAUCCUUUAUAAAACAUAAUUGUUAGAAGAAAAAUGUUGAAUUAAAAACCUCUGAUUUUUUACUUGCAUGAAGAUUUGAAUCUAAACUGUUUACGCUGGACAUUUUCUUUAUUUAUAAAUAAAAGCUACACAUGCUAUUGUUUCA